UUAUGCAACACGAGAUAAGACUGUCUCCAAUCUAGUUUAUACACAAGUAAAACAGGAGAAGUCACAAUUCAGUCAUUCUCAAUUUGGACAGAAAAAUGGACAGCAAACAUCUUGCUCAAUUGUGUGUAUUCUUCGUUGUUUUCGCUACUGCAAAUGCCUUCCCGACGAAGGUGACCCUUUGCCUAUGUGAGGAUGAACUAUGCGGUCUGUUCACUGGAAGCCUGACAGACGAACACUUCCAACUCUUUGAUGAGGCAACGCAAACGAUUGUCAAGAUUCCAAUAAAAGAUGUGCCGAUCGCCGAAACACACUUGUGUGGUAAACAUCACUCGAAGAGGAUACUGCAAGAUAACCUCAAAGUAGAUUCAAACGGUAUUUCCGGCAGCCUAAGUGCCGGUAAUGUCUCGGCGAACCUAGGCGUCGGCAAGGAUGGGAUCAAAGCCGACGGAACCGCUUCGUUGGGCGGAGCCACUAUCAACGGCAACAUUCAAAGCCAAAACGGAUCGACAUCUGGGGGAAUCGGCGGUUCAAUCAGUGGUCCGAACGGUAACACGUUUUCGGGCGGAAUUACUGUCGCCCCCGAUGGUUCAGUGAGCGGAGCAGGAAGUGCCAGCAUCAAUGGGCCCAAUGGGAACAACUUUAAUUUGAACGGCGGGUUCGAUCCAAACGGAUUUAACGUAGGAGGGACAGCGAACGUGGGCGGUAACACCUUUAAUGGGAAUUAUCAGAAUCAGAACGGACAGUCGAGCGGAAGUUUUGGUGGGACCAUAAAUGGACCAAACAAUAACACGUUCACUGGUGGUGUUAGUAUCGCACCGGGAGGAGCGGUGAGCGGGAGCGGAAGUGCAAACAUUAAUGGGCCAGGAGGCAGCAACUUCAAUUUGAAUGGUGGUUUCGAUCCGAACGGUUUCAAUGUAGGCGGCACAGCGAACGUCGGUGGAAAUACGUUCAACGCCAACUUACAGAACCAGAACGGAUCGUCCAGCGGAAGUUUCGGUGGAACCAUCAAUGGACCAAACGGCAACACGUUCAGUGGUGGUGUUAGUGUCGCACCAGGAGGAGCAGUGAGCGGGAGCGGAAGUGCAAGCAUCAAUGGGCCAGGAGGGAGCAACUUCAAUCUGAAUGGUGGUUUCGAUCCGAACGGUUUCAAUGUAGGCGGCACAGCGAACGUCGGUGGAAAUACGUUCAACGGGAAUUUCCAGAACCAAAACGGACAGUCCAGCGGAAGUGUCGGUGGAACCAUCAAUGGACCAAACGGCAACACGUUCAGUGGUGGUGUGAGUGUCGCACCGGGAGGAGCAGUGAGCGGGAGCGGAAGUGCAAACAUCAAUGGGCCAGGAGGGAGCAACUUCAAUUUGAAUGGGGGUUUUGAUCAGAACGGUUUCAAUCUAGGCGGCACAGCAAACGUCGGUGGAAAUACGUUCAACGGAAAUUUCCAGAACCAAAACGGACAGUCCAGCGGAAGCGUUGGUGGGACCAUUAACGGACCGAAUGGAAACCAGCUUUCUGGAGGCGUCAGUGUGGCACCGGAUGGCUCCGCAAGCGGAAGCGCAAGUGGCAAUAUGAAUAUGGGACCCCUAGGGACGGCGAAUUUCAACGCCAACUCGCAGGGCAAUUUCCAAGUGAACUUGCAAGGCGUGCAAGCGGGUCAAUCUGGAACUGGCUUCAAUCCUGCAACAUUUUUCUCACAAGCUGGAGUCGAAGAGUUCAUGAAGCAAAUGCAGGCAGUCGGUAAAUAAAGAGACUACCGGGUCAGAAGGAAACACAAUAAGAAUAAUUAAAUGUUGGGAUCAAAACUAGAAACAGGAAAAUAAAACACUUGUAUGAUAA